AUAUAGGAACCUCCGAGCUCCGCAUCUUUUCAGAUUACAUCCCAAGAUAGCCUUUGUGGACAGAGAAAACGAAAGAGAGAACAAAUGGCUGGAAUUAUUAACAAGAUUGGAGAGACCCUCCACAUAGGGGGCCAAAAGAAAGAGGGCGAGCACAAGGGAGAGCAUCAGGGCGAGCACAAGGGAGAGCACAAGGGAGAGUAUCAGGGCGAGCACAAGGGACAGGGAGAGCAACAUGGCGAGCACAAGGAAGGGCUUGUUGAAAAGAUGAAAGACAAGAUCGGUGGUGGUGGUGGUCAUCAGGACAAGGAGGGGAAGAAGAAGAAGGAGAAGAAGAAGAAGAAGCACGAAGACGGCCAUGAUCACGGCCACAGCAGCAGCGACAGCGACAGCGACUAGAACAUCAAACAUCAUCUAUGCAUAGGUGGAGAGGAUCACAAUUCAGAGGUGAAAGGUCUCACAAAAAAUAAAAAAUAAAAGAAGAAGAAGAAGUUGUAAUAGUUAUUAGUUAAUUCUAGUUUUUUAUUACUAGUACGAGGGUUCUUACCAGGGGGAGAUCUGAAUGAUGUAACACCCACACCUAUGUUUGACUCAAGGAUGAGAAUAAAAUGUGUUUCUUUAUAUAA